GAACUUUGACACAGAUAUGGAGUUCUAAUUGUUGUCCUUUAUUUCGUAAGGUGUCACCAAUGUUAUGAAUAAAUAUUCUAUAUUAAUGUACGAUAAAGUUAAAGCCUUGUUUGAAGACACACUAUAAUAACGGGACUCCUUUAAAACAUGAAAUUUCUUCUGCUGGUUGGUUUCUGCUGCAUGGCAACUGGUUUCCCUAAUGGAGCACCUGACAUUGCAUGUAAAGAAAUGGUGCCAGGGCAUCUUCCAACUGUAACUUCCGGUGACAAUCCUUUUAAACUUAACAUUUCCGUAACGUCGUAUAAACCAGGCGAUGUUAUAACAGGAGAACUCUACUCAGCCGAGAACAUCAAAUUCAGAGGGUUCUUGAUAGAAGUUGGAACAGCACAAGAUGUCUCAGAAAAAGAGGAAGGUGUGGGUGAAUUCAUAAAUCUCGAUACGGGUAUACAAAAACAUGUCUGCGGAAAG